AUGACUUCUUUCACUUUUGACCAGUUUGUCGCCUUUGCGUCUGACAGUGCCGGUCUUGAACGCAUCCUCCGUGGCCUCCAAGCCCUCACCGCAAUCUUCUCAGCAUACCCAUCCCUCGUGGCCCUCGCCCUGCUAGACGCAGACCCACCAUUCCUCGAAGCUCUCGGCCCGCUACGAGGCCACCUCAACCUCACGCGCCGCUUCAUCCGCUUCUUCUGGUUCCUCAACUCGUUUGGCACGUCGUACAAUCUUUUCACCUCCAUCUCCUCGUCACCAUCUUCACCAGCCAAGAAGAGCCAGGGCGUGGGUCUGGAGACCUGGCUCGACAUCAUCAAGUUCACCCUUCUCGGCCUCUACGGUGGCCUCGAGUCCCUCACCCUCCCGGACCUCCUCGGCGUCCCGCAGAUCGCCUACUUUGGCGCCGAGCGCACGCGGGCGCUGAAUGUCGAGGCGCAGCGGUUUUGGCUUCUUGCGUUGGCGGCGGGUGUCUUUGCGAAUUUGACGAGGGUGCUCAAGGCUUUUGCGUACGCGCCAGUGCCGCAGCAUGGGUAUGGGUACGGCACGGGGGAAAAGCCGGGUGAGAAGAAGGCUACCAUUGAGGGAGGUGCUGAGAAGGAAACUGCUGCUGCUGCUGCUGCUGUCCCUGACGAAAAGAGAGGCGAUGAGGGAGGAGAGGACGAGAAGCUUGAUUGGGAGGCUGAACGUACUCGUCUCCGGGCUAUUGUCAUGAAGAGACGGGAGGAUAGGAAGCGGUGGCGGAGGGAGGUCGCGGUCAAGGUCAAGAGCCUUGGGCGCAAGAUCUUUUCCGACUCGUUGGAUUGCCUUAUUCCGGGCGUGAUUCUGGGCUGGGUCAACGUUCAGCCGGGAACUGUUGGGAUUGCCAUGUUCAUCACUACCAUCUUGAGCAGUAGAGAUAUUUGGGAUAGAUGCGGUGCGACUGUUAGUCAGAGAAGGAGCUCCUAA